UUUAGCAGUGCAUGGAAACAAAAAAGAAGUCAACUGAGAAAACCUUCUGGGGGUGCCUUAUUUCGUAAAACGUAGUUCACCCACUUCAAGGCUUUCGACGCCGCGGAAGCGCGCUCGGCAUCACCGAAAACCAAAGGCAGAAGAGGGGGAGGCUGGCGCGCGCGCAGUCGCCACGGCCCCGCCCCUGAGAGCGUGCGUCAGGCUGCGUCGGCGCCGAGGGCGCAGUGAGCAUGCGCGGAGUGGGCUCAAGCGGUGCCUUUGGCGGGAAACUCGUCCGUGGGGGCAAGGCGCCUCGGGGGCCGCGAGGAAACCGCGGAGGGUCGGGCGGCGGGAGGGGAGGCUUCUGGCCUUGGCCCGUUGCUUCCCGGCGAGCCCUCCUCCCCAACCGAGGGGGUUCCCCUUAGGUUAAAAGCCAGGAUCGGCGUUGGACUGAGCCCAGCGAGGUUCUCAGGAGAAGGAUUUAAAAAAAAAAGGCUCUCUCGUAUUAAAAGCAUGUUUUAAAAAGUCGUGAACGGGGACUCCUGAACCCCAGUUUUCCUGGCUUGGUGAGGUGCAGAUAAAGCUUGCAAUUCUUCUUAGACAUUGGAGAAAGAAAAUGAUUGAAGUCUUUAUACUGAAGAUUGAAAAUCCAGAUUCCUUUUGGGUCUGCAUAAAAGGAGGCAGAAAAUUUGUAGACAAUGAAAUGGAAUAUAAAACACUUCAGACUGAAAUGAAUCUAUUCUAUAACAAAUCUUAUCGAUGUGUGGAUGAAGUCAAGCCGUCUGCAUUAGAAGAGGGACAGGUUUGUGCUGUUUAUUGUCAGGAACUGAAAUCUUGGUGCAGAGCUGUUGUUAAAUCAAUCAUAUCAUGUACGGAUUAUUACGUUGCUGAGUGUUUCCUUGUGGACUAUGCCAAAAGUGUUCAUGUAAAGACAGAAAAGAUCUGUGUUGCUUUAAAAUCAUUUAUGAGACUGCCUUAUAGAGCUAAGAAGUUUAGGUUGUACUGUGUCAAACCAGUAACACUACGUGUCAACUAUUACAGUGACAAUGCAGAGAUAGUACCUGCUAACAAAUGGGAUAUUGCAGCUAUCCAGCACUUGCAAAAUCUCCUGAAUGCAGCCACUCAAGUGGAGGCCAAAUUAUGUGCUGUUGAAGAGGAUAGUUUUGCUGUCUGUCUUUAUGUUACAAGAAGAGGUGAAAAGGUGUGUGUGAAUGAUGAUCUUGUUGCAAAGAACUUUGCUUGCUAUGAAAUCAGUAAAACAAACCAGAAACAAGUAUCAGGAGGUGCUGAGUCUCUUUCAGAGGAGAAGAAUCCUGUACUGCUACAAUGGCCAAUGUUAUGGCAAGAAUCUAAGGUUUCUGAGAUGCGUGCUGCUCCUGUUUGUGAUAACUCUGAGAAAGCAGAGUACAAGUAUUCCCCAGAAACUAACUUACAUAAUAGAGAAGAAUCUGAUGUCAUGAUGUCUCUUCCCCCUUUGAAGCAAGGAAUAACUAUUUCUGUACCAACAGACAUGCAAACAGUAAGCAACUUGCAUGAGAAAACUACCAAAAUCCAGGAAGUGGAGGAUUAUCUCUAUGAUAACAACUUUGGCAUGAAGCUUCUACAGUUUUUAAACCCCGAUCCUCUGAAAACUGCCAACGGACAAGAAACUGAGGAGCUUCAGCUGAAUAUCACUACACAUUUUCCUGUUGUGCUGAGUAAUAAAAUUGAACCAUGUUCAUCUCUUGAAACAGCACCACUGUUUCCAGCUUUAAAAAAGGAGCUUUUAAGAAAUCAGUUCCUGGGGCCUAAUCAUGUGCAGUCUUAUUCCUGGCCUGCCAUAGCACGUGGAUAUGAUUCGCUUAUUAUCUCUCCUGCAAAUGAUCCACUUUCAUAUCUCCUGCCAAUUAUUACAUUUUUGCAGUCAAGAAGUUGCUACAUAUCAUUACCAGCUAGAAAUGGUCCAGUAGCAUUAAUCAUAUGCCCUGGACAGAAGAAAGCAGAAUUGGUAUUUGAGCUCCUGGAAAAUUACAGCCAUUGUUCCAGGCCUCUGCACCCAAUAUUGCUUUUCCUGGGAAUGAAUAAGGAAGAAAUCAAGAGUGUAAGAAUUCCAAGAGGAUGUGAACUCAUGGUAACCACCCCACAAAGCCUUUUGCGGCUGCUUGAGCAUCAGAGUUUACUCUUCCUUAGGUUGUGUCAUCUUGUGUUGGAUGAAGUCGAUGUACUGUUCUCUGAAGCCGGUGAGCAGAUACUUACUAUUUUAGAAUACUACAAAACAAACUUGAAUGUUGAAGAAAAGGAGUCUGCACCACAGCAGAUUGUCGCUGUUGGGAACCACUGGGACAAAAACAUAGAAUAUUUAACAAAAGAAUUCAUGAAUGAUCCAUACAUUGUAAUCACAUCCAUGGAAGAAGCUGCCAUAUAUGGGAAAGUGCAUCAGGUUGUGCAGCUCUGCCUUGAGUGUGACCGGAUCUCUACUUUACUUCAAACACUAGAUUUUACCCCUACAGAUGCCCAAAAGACUCUGGUUUUUACCAGUUCUGUGGAAGAAACAGACAUAGUGUACAAGGCAGUAGCAAGCACGUCACUCUUUUGCUUGAAAAUGAAUCCGGAAAUUGGAUUUCAUUCUGAUUAUAUUGUAGAGCAGUGGAACAAAAAAUUCAGUUCUGGCACCCAUGUUGUGCUGGUUUUAACUGAUGCCUGCAUGGCAGUGGUAGGGUUUACAGACGCAACACGUGUCAUUCAUUUCAGCUUUCCUGCAACUCCAAGAAUCUUUGGUGCACGUCUAUAUGGCAUGUCUGCUAACUUCCAGAAUUCAGUAAAAAAGAUUUCAUCUCUAGAAAAAGAGCAGAGCAAAGCAAAAUCCAUCUUGCUGUUGACCGAGAAAAGUGCCUGCCAUGCAAUUGGAGUGUUGCAUUAUUUAAAGCGCACAGAAGCCAACAUCCCUUCUGAAUUGUGCAACUUUACCAAUGGAGUGCUAGAAGCCAAAGAGGAGAGGAGGAGCAGGCAGCCUUUUUGUCGUUUCGUUAAAGCAUAUGGAAUAUGCAAGAAUAAAAAACACUGUCCAGAUCGCCAUCGUAUUAGCCAUCAAAUUGAUGUGCCCUCAAAAGUAGCUGAUGAAACUCUGUCAACAGCUGGAAAUGUAACAAUACUGCCUCUUUUUAUUGUGGAUGCUACAAACUACUUUGGCCGCAUAGUAGGGAAAUGGAGUAAUCCUUUUGCAGCUCUUGAAAAAGAGAUAAAGGAUUAUUAUCAGAAAUCUAGCAAUCUUACCUCUGUUGACACAGUGGAGAAGCUGGCAAUAUAUGGAUUGCAGGAAGAAAAUUCUUUCCAUAGGGUUCAAGUGCUAGAAGUACAACCAAAAGAAGACACCUGUGUGUUUUACAGCGUUCACAUCAAGUAUAUAGAUGAAGGCAGAACUGGCUAUGUUCAAAAUUAUCGCUUGCUUAGUUUACCAGAACAGUUUCAAGCAUUGCCUCCUCAGGCUGUGGAAUUCAUAGUUUGUAGGGUUAAACCCAUUGAUAAUGAAGCAGAAUGGAAUCCAAAAGUAACUAGAUACAUUAAUCACAAGAUCAGAGGAAAACUGCAUGAAGCAAAAAUAGUACUUGUCCUGGGAAAUACAAUUUGGGUGGAUCCAGUGGUUCGAGUUACUAGACUUCAAGACCUGAAAACUUCAAUCAAUGAAUAUAGUAUUCGCUCUGAAAUCCUGUCUACUGGAUUGGGAGUAGACAAUCCUGGGCACGUACAGGAACUCAAGAAAUUAUUUAAGGAGGCUGAAAUAGCCCAUGAGGAAAAAGAUACACCUGCAUUAAUACAUCCUCUGAUGCAUGGAAAAGAUGAGAAGGCUGAAUCUGCUGAGCAGAAUGUCUCAGAUCCUGCAACUCUUAACUCAGAGACCCCAAACAAACAGGCCAUGCCCACUGUACAGAAAUCACAAAAAAGCCUGGACAUUAUCCAUGAUAGUUCUUCUCAAGUACCUUUACAAAAUCAUCGUAAUGAAACAGUGCAAAAUAAGAAAACAGAUGACUCUCCGCAGACUUUGCAUGAAUGUCUUCCCACAAUAAUUGGCCAGAUGCUUCCAGGAAGCUCACAAGGAGCAUGUCAUGGAGAGAUUCUUGCCCCAUUAAACUCAUUCUCCAGUAGCCAGAGCUUGCAUCCAACAAUAAAAUGGUUUGACAAGCAAGAUGUUGUUGUUGUGAAGAUAAAAUUGCAAAACAUUAGUAGGUAUGACUGCAGGAUUUUUGCACAGAGGAUCACUUUCAGUGCUUGGGCAAAAGGCAAAUUUUAUUUGGCUGAUAUGGAGCUGCAGAGAAGCAUCCUCAAAGAUGAAUCAACUUGUGUGCUUAAGGGUGAUGGCCCCACAAUUAUCCUUGUAAAAGUGAAGAAGGAACGUUGGUGCAAUUUGCUGAAACAGAAAAAUCCUCAUGUGUCUUUUGAUUUUGAUUACUUGGAUGAUCAUGAAGAAAGAAGCCCAUUACCUGUAGGUUCAGGUCCUAAGAAAACACACCAGGUUCCUACAGUGGUGUGUGAAGAAGAGGAAGAAUCUAUGGAAGAUAGCAAUUCAGAGAGUGAUUUAUCCUCCUGUUAAUUAUAUCGUGGACGUUAGGUUUUGAUCCCCCCCAGGGUUAAAGCAUGUGUAGAUAUUACAAAACCCCUUGGAAGUUCAUCUGGAUACCUUUUUCAUAGUGGCACAAUCUCAGUGUUUAAAAAAAAAGUUAUUGACCAAGAUGUUGAAAACAGGACUUUCGUGGGGUACCAUAUUUGCUCUUUAUUAAGAGUUACAAUUCUGUGCACGCUCCUUGGAAGUGAAUCUUAACAGAUUUGGGUGAAAUUUAAUUUCAAAAGCGUUGGUAGUGACAAUUAAAUAUGUAAGCGUCAAAUCUAACAGACCAGGACAGAUGCUGUAUUGAAAAUUCCUUUUCGGUUGCAGUUAUACCCUGAAAUAUUUCACAAAGCACAUUUUCUACUUUUGCUUUUUUAAAAAAGAAGUGUGAUAUAAUCUGGGAUUGUUUUGUAAUGUUUUAUGCUGCUAACAGAAGAGGCUGGGCUUUUGUUGUAAACUGGUUCUUUAGGAAAUUAAAAUGGGUAGAUGUUAAAUCAGUCUAUACAGUGUGAUGCAGACAAUUUAUCCUUUGUGAAAGGUAAAGCAAUAAUAUAACAUCAUAGAAGAAUAACCUUUGCAGGGAAAAAAAGUUCUUUUUUUUCAUAAUAUUAAGGCAUGUGACUUGUAUACAGUACUUGUUUUGGAAAAUGUUUCAAGUACUUGGUUUUUGCUUUCAGGUUUAUAGGCCUUGUGGCAUUGCAGUGUAUCAGCUGUGUUAACCAAAAUAUCACAUAUUUGUUCCUGGAGUAGAAAAAAAUAAAAGCAUAUCACAUUGUUCCUUGAAAUCUGAAUACUGAAAGCAGGUAAUUAUAGAUGCAACUUGUUAUUGGCACAGGGGGCUGAACUGUAUGGUUGUGGAUUAAGGCCAAAUGUUUUAAUUGUAAUCAGGAAUUCUUCACAUCCCCACGUCUGUUAGAACAGUGUUUCUCAAUCUUAGCAACUAUAAAAUGUCUGGACUUCAGCUCCCAGAAUCCCUCAACCAGUAAAUUUACCAAGGUUGAGAAACCCUGUGUUACAAUAUGUAAGCCAGUUGUCUGAAAGAUUAUAGUUACUGUACAAACCAGUUGCUCUACUUCUGCAGCUAUAGCUGUGCAAAGUUUAUCAAAACAACUAAGGAAGUACAAAUCUAGAAACCACCAAGGUUUGUAAUUCUGCAUUUAGGUAAGUCAGGUACUUGAUUCUUUUCAGAAUUAAUAUUGGUCCUGUUAACCUCAGUAAUGAGUCUUACUGAGAAAAAGAAGCAUUCAUUAAAAUUUAAAAUGAAUGAAAACAGUUGUCUUGUUUAAAAUAUUGUGCCCUCUGUGACUUGAAACUACUAUAGUGUCAAAAUACUCUUAGAGGCUACUACUGUAACAGGAACUUUUAGGGAGCAGUUCUGAAAGAGAAAAUCUCACACUUGUAUAAAAGCCUGUGGAAUAGUUUUCAAAAGCUAAUAUUAAGUAAUGAUUAAUAAUAAAGAGUCUGUGGUCUUCCAACCAUGAUAUGGUCGUGGAUUCCUCCACACUUGGUAUUUCCUAUAAAGAAAAUGACAUUGUUCCUGCAUGUUCAGAGGGGUGAUAUCAGCACAUUGAAUAGGAAGCUCUGAGAUACCUGCAUCCAGAUUGCUCCUGUUUUCUGCUUAAACAUCAUUCUCAUUCCCAUUCUGAAAGCAGUGGCAGAACAGUUAGGUUCUAGAAUAUUCUGCAACGUGAAGAUGCUAUCAAUAGUUGAACUCUCCUGUAUCCCAUGGUCAAUAUUCAUUGGCAUGUAAACAUGGCUCUCUGUUCCAGUCCUCUGAAGGAGUAUAAACUUUGACCAAUUGCUAGAUCUGAGAUUUAAACUGAAACCUUCAAACAAAUGUAGCAUUAUUGUCUCUGAGGCUUAAAUAUGUUUAUGUGGAAGUUGAAUUCAAGGAGGUUUUUUCCAGAUAGAUAUCAUAGGUAUCUUCUGUAAAUAUUUUCCAUUUUGGUAUGUGCUUCAGUUAUGAAUUUAUUAAAAACAGGAGGGAGAAUGUAAAUUAUUGGGGUACCUUCACCUAUUAGCACAAGAUGCUCUUUUUCCUGUGGCUAAGAAAGCAGGGUUGAUGGAGUCAAACAAAUGAAACAGGAAACAGUGGCAGGAAGGGUUCAUUGGCCUCUCCUGCCACCGUUCUAACUUUUCAUGUAUCUUCUGUUUUUCUUUUAAAAGUCUAUUUGUAAAAUCUUGUUUGGCAUUACAGUUCUACAAAGUUAUAGAGUGAUAAGUAUUAGAUGAGUGACUGUCAGUACUUGGCUUGUGCAUUUACAAAAAAUAAGACACAUUUAUCUCUGCCUGUUAGAAGCAUUUUAUUUAUCCAUUUUAGAAAAACAGACUGAGCAGAAAUGAUCAUUUCUGCCUACUUGUCAUCAAGAGGCCGUCUUAUUUUUUUAUACUGUAGCCUACCCUCCUAAGUAAGGAUAAUCUUGUCCACAGCUUCUAUGAUUAUUCAGAUGGUUGUCCACCCCGACCUAUCAUUUUGUGUCCCUUUGUUAAGAGAGAAGGGGCAAUUACAAUAUGAAAUAGCCAAAUUUAAGAUUAUAGAUUUUGAAGUCUACCUUGAUGUGGAAAGGCAACUAGAUCAAUCCUGCAUCCCCAGAGACAUUCAUGAGUAGCUACUCUCUUUUGUUCAGGCUUGUGAGAUACUUAACCUUAUCACAGUUUCUAAACUGAGAAAACUUAACAUUAGCAUUGGCCUUCUGGAAAGCAGACAUGAGAACUCCCUUUGCUGCCUAAUUAUGUCUAUGUGGUGCAGGAGCCAUAGAAUCCCCUGCCCAUAUGUUGUUAUCUUGUUUUAUGUGGGUAUUAGAGCCGGCUUUACUCAUCCUCAUUUGAUUAAAUAUCCAGGUCGGAUGGAAAAAUGGAAAUUAUUUUAUUUCAUCAGAGAGAUUUCUAUGGGUUCGCUAUGCCACCUACAAAAGUUGGCAUAAGCUGACUGGCUCAUGUUGUUAUAACACCAUUUGUUGUACAUCACUGACUGUAAUAACAUGGCUGAUGACAAAAGGGCAUUUCUGCCCGUGUACACACGGACACAGAGAA